GCGGACCGCAUCCAGCGCGCACCACGCAGAGCAGACGCCGCCGCCGCUGCACGGGCAGAAAACAAAGGGUCGACGAGCGACCUUCCCGCAUCGUUAAGGAACAACGCAUGGCAAUAACCGGCCGCUGACGAAGACUGAAAAUCGUAACAGCGGUCUUUAAAGAUGAACUGCAACUGCCCCGUGUCGCAGCCGCCGGGCCCCACGCUGGCGUCCACGUGCGGCGGCUCCAGCUUCAUGCUCUUCAUGGGGCUGCUCGAGGUCUUCAUCCGUUCGCAGUGCGACCUCGAGGACCCCUGCGGCCGACCUACCAGUCGGCGGCGACCGGACGUCGAGUACGAUUUCGUGGUGGUGGGCGGCGGCAGCGCGGGCUCUGUGGUGGCGGCGCGGCUGUCGGAGAUCCCGCACUGGAACGUGCUGCUGAUCGAGGCCGGGCUGGACGAGCCGACGGGCGCGCAGGUGCCGUCCAUGUUCCUCAACUUCAUCGGCAGCAGCAUCGACUGGAACUUCCGCACCGAGCCCGAGGAGAUGGCCUGCCUCAACGAGAACGAGCGCCGCUGCUCCUGGCCCAGGGGCAAGGUGCUGGGCGGCACCAGCGUGCUCAACGGCAUGAUGUACAUGCGCGGCAGCAGGAAGGACUAUGACGAGUGGGCGGCGUUCGGCAACCCCGGCUGGGGCUACCAGGAGGUGCUGCCCUACUUCCUCAAGUCGGAGGACAACCUGCAGGCGCACUUGAUGGAUCCCGGCUACCACGGCGUCGGUGGUUACCUGACAGUCACCCAGUUCCCGUACCACCCGCCUCUCUCACACUCCAUACUGCAGGCUGGCCGCGAGCUGGGGUUCCAGGUUCGCGACCUGAACGGCGCCUUCCACACGGGCUUCGCCAUCGCGCAGACGACCUCGCGCAACGGCAGCCGGCUGUCGACGGCCAAGGCGUUCCUGCGGCCCAACCGCAACAGGCCCAACCUGCACAUCAUGCUCAACACGACCGUCACCAGGGUCCUCAUCAACGAGUCGUCGCGCGAGGCCUACGGCGUCGAGGUCAUCCGCGGCGACACGGGCCGCCGAGACCGCAUCUUCGCCCGCAGCGAGGUGAUCCUGUGCGGCGGCGCGGUGAACUCGCCGCAGCUGCUGCUGCUGUCGGGCGUCGGCCCGGCGGAGGAGCUGCGCGCCGUGGGCGUCCAGCCGGUGCACCACCUGCCGGGCGUGGGCCGCAACCUGCACAACCACGUCGCCUACUUCGUCAACUUCUUCAUCAACGACACGGACACGCAGGCGCUCAACUGGGCCACCGCCAUGGAGUACCUGCUCUUCCGCGACGGGCUCAUGUCCGGCACCGGCAUCUCGGAGGUCACCGCCUUCGUCAACUCGCGCUUCGCCAGCCCCUCCGAGGACAACCCCGACCUGCAGUACUUCUUCGGCGGGUACCUCGCCAACUGCGCGCGCACCGGACAGGUGGGCGAGCGCGCUUCGGAGGGCGCCAACGGCACUGCGCCGAUGCGCUCGAUCCAGAUCAUCCCGGCGUACCUGCACCCCAAGAGCCGCGGCGUGCUGCGCCUGCGCAGCGCCGACCCGCUGGCGGCGCCGGCCAUCAGCGCGCGCUACCUCACCCACCCGGACGACGUGGCGGCGCUCGUCGACGGCAUCCGCUUCGCCAUCCGGCUGUCCGAGACGCCGGCGCUGCGGCGCUACGGCUUCCGGCUGGACCGCACGCCCGUGCCCGGCUGCGAGAACUUCACGUUCGGCUGCGACGCGUACUGGGAGUGCGCCGUGCGCCGGCAGACGGCGCCCGAGAACCACCAGGCGGGCUCCUGCCGCAUGGGCCCGCCGGGCGACGCCGGCGCCGUCGUCGACGCGCAGCUGCGCGUGCACGGCGUGGACAAGCUGCGCGUCGUCGACGCCUCCGUCAUGCCCAAGGUCACCUCGGGCAACACCAACGCGCCCACCGUCAUGAUCGCCGAGAAGGGCGCCGACAUGAUCAAGACGCGCUGGCUCGCCAGGCGGACGUGGCGCUCCUGGUACUAAGGACUGCAUCUCCGCGGGCACCGGUAGAUGGCUGCGUGUGCACUACGUAACAUGAGACAAUAACUCGCUCUUUCUCCAAAGACAUUUCUCACGAUAUUCUAGUGCUGCUCAUCACCAGCAUUUUCACUCCUCACCAUGUACAUUUAUUCAUAUCUAUAGUACCAGAGACUUGCAAAAUGUGUUUGCGGUACCUUACGCUAUGCUAACAACUUUUACGCUCAGACAAGGCACUACUCCAGCUCUACUCUGCAAUUUUGUACCUUGUACGCGAUGCUACCGCCGUACGUAUAGUUGCAUAUUGCUGUCCCAUGACUUGUCACCUUAGUGAACCCAACACUUUUACCUUUCCCGGACAAGUGCUCUACCGACAAGGUACCCAGGCAUGACUGAUGCCCGACGUAACUACUCCAGCUGUACUCUGAUUAAAACCACAAAAGACACUCCACGAAGACGAUCGGUGUUGUGGCUGAUAUGUGUAGCAGGAAAAACUCUCAAAUGGCUUCAUGUCGUUAAGUAACAAAAUCUACUUGUUAUGAAAAUUUUACGAGCUUCCGAGAAUGAUCCGUAGCUUCAGUACAGAAAGAAACUUAUUAACUUUGCAUGACUCGGUUUCACAGUCAUACAAAAAGCUUUAAUGGACAUCAUAUGUAGGCCGAGCAAAAUUAAAGUUCCCAGUUCGCUUUUAAGAUAUUUUCCCCAACUGCGACACGGUCGCGUAUACAAACAGUGAUCCUAUACUGUCAAAUGUUUUUUAUUCCAGUUUUUGAUCACAAUAUGAAUUCUUUAGACGAUGACCGGUUUCAGUUCGUAAUGACCAUCCUCAGAUCUUUUUUUACACCGUGUCCUAAAGUGAUAAGGCUAUAAUGGUGUAAAAAAGAUCUGAGGAUGGUCAUUAUGGACUGAAACCGGUCAUCGUCUAAAGAAUUCAUAUUGUGAUCAAAGACUGGAAUAAAAAACAUUUAAGUUAUUUUCCUCUGCUUACAGAGACUCAUUCUUAAGGUUUUCUGGUUGAAAAUCGCUCUGUCAAUUUACUGGGGUAUGUAGUAUGCGGCAGACGUGGUUAGUAUACAUUACGAGUUCGGUGAAAUGUCUUCAUCCCAGGGCCGGCGAAUGCUAAGGGGCGCCUAGCGAACAUUUUAACAAAAGUUGUUCACCGUAACUUGAACUAUCACCUCUAGAAGUCCGCCGCAAGGACUUUGAAACACCCUACGUAGUGAUUUAUCUAAAACCUGAAAGGAACGUUAAAUUCUCAGCAUGUGAACGUGAUGAUGACAUGUAUACAUUUAUGAGAUUACUUGAACUUUUCACGUGGCACACGAUAAAAUUGCAAGUAGUGUGUUUUAUGGAUAGCUUUACGGUCAAAGAUGACAAUGAUAUUCUUUAGGAAACACACUUCGGGCUAUGUGGUAACUCUGUUAACAUUCGUGCACGAAUUGUGUCGCAAAGUAAUCAGGAUCGACUGAAAAAGCCACAAGACUUCUUGCGACUAAUUAACGAUAUUUACUGGUUUUGGGACGCUACCAACAUCAACCCAGAAUACAGGUAUUGUAAAUGGCACCGUUGUCGCUUUCUGUCUUGUCUUCACUAUGCUGAGUUUUGUUUCGUGUGUAGUUAACUUCUCGUGCCACGUCGCCUUUCGUACAUAAAUCAGAUGACCUGUUGAAUUGUGGUGUCUGCCAACGAAUUCACGCAAAAUUGGAAACGGGGGGGAAAGCUGUCGGUUCAGAUCGAGUACUUACGAUUUCUAUUACAUGAGCCAGCCCCAGCAGCCACUGCGGCGAGUGCCUUCAAGUGCGUGAAUAGUACUCCUUACGUUUUGUCUGUCACUUCGAGCUUCAGCACUGCCACAUCUGUUGUCAGUUGCGUCAGCGUUAAGACUUGGCUAACAGAAAGUGGGUUGGCACGAGCAGAAGGUCCUUUUUGACCAUGCUCGUGAUGUGCAAGUGCUCUGACACUUUCUUUUGUUCACUGGCAACGGCAGAUGUUUCGAGUGUGACAUUACGAGCUCUGAUUGUAACAAUUAAAUUCCAAGAGGUGAAAUGUCAGCUAACAAGCAAUUCUAAUCAGACCGUAGUGCCGGCGUAGCAGGUACUAGCAAUGUAGCAUCGAACUGGGACCACAGCGCAACCGAGUGCUAUCUGCCAUGGAGAUGGGAUAGGCAAACGAAUGUGCUGAUGGUUCUUUUUCAGAAUGAAAGACACCAUCAAAGAAUAUUUACAGUAACAGUUUCAUUCGUUACUCGUACGUGUGAAGGACAUCGUUUUUCUCUGUUAUUGGUAUUUCAUGUACAAAUGUAAGUUUGGCAAUGCAUCAUUUCUAAUUUUUUUAGCUUUGCGACACUGAUCUUCUUCGUGUAAUAUACAAGCAGCUGUACUGUACUAUAUGUCUUUCUCAUUAUUUGGUUGCAAUGCUACACAGUCCGCCUCUGUCUUUCGACAGCCAUAUAUUAGAGUAUAUUCACCCGUUAUUAUUAAAUCUAUCUCGUUUCUCCUGCUGCUAAAAUUUGGAUAAAGUGUCCAGCAUCUGGAUUAAAUUAUAAAAUCAUUGACUGGUUCACGUAUUAUAUUAAUUAAAAUUCAUGAUCAAAUUUAAGGAGCAUAGCAGCCCCACGGUUUGUUCAUCCAUUGAUUACGCGGCUACAUGCUGCUGAAUCCGUUGAAUCAGCUGAUGGCUACAAAACUGAAACAAGUCAUGAAUUUCAAUAAACCAGUAUGUGACCAGCACACUCAUUUCUGUAAUAAAGGUCACCGGCCUCCAAGCGGUCUCAUUUCGAGUCGAGCAUGUGGUUGAUUUCGUCUAUUGCCUUUUUUGUAAUAUCAAACAAAGGUUGCCCGUUCUAGACGGACCACUGCGAAAAUCUAAUCUUCCACCACAAACUAGGAGCUGCAACGUAACUUGUAACGGUUUUUUUUCCGAGGAACUGCCACUAAAAACUUCGCAUGCUUCAAAAAACUUUCUAUCGUCAACAUUUUUCUUUGAAGACAACAUUUGUCAGUGUUCAACAUAGCGCCAUAGCAUCUGAGAUGCCUGAUCAGCUACUUCAGCGAAUCCGCACAACUUUAUCACUUUUAAAGUGGCAAUACUUUCACCGUGCCAGCAUGGCUGUUGAGUAAUUUCCUUGCAGGUGGGCCAGAACACCAACAAGUAACGAAAGAAGACAAACAUUUUACAAGAUAUACUUGCUCAUUUACUGACAUCCCAGAGUUAACAGACUUCCAGUGGCAGCUGCUCUCAGUGACAGCUGAACACAUUGCAUUCAAUAAAUUCCUUGACAAAAAUAAUGUUAAGGAAGCAUCUGUCUACCAGUUUUAACGGCCCUAAGUAAGCCAUAUUGGUGUAUCUUGCGGGAUUUCGUUAGCCAGUACAAUUAGUUUGAGAAUCUAUUGUCUCAGUUUUAUUGAAGGGAAAGCUGUUACGCAGACAAGCUUUAAUCUCUAUAACCUACCUUCCGAAUUUAUUUGCUGAACUGUCAGUACCUGUAAUAACUUUUCAUUUCUGUCGGAUUUCGUAACCGAAUUCACAAGACACACAAGUUCUCUCUCUCUCUCUCUCUCUCUCUCUCAAAGCACACACAGACACACACACACACACACACACACACACACACACACACACACAAUCAUACACACAUACAAAGCACACACUAUAGUAUAUCCGACAGGUAGGAACACGCUUACGAAGUGCAAUACACACUUUUGUUUAUGAACCAUAGCUUAAACUUAAAAAAAUCUGUAAUCCGUCCACCUUAACGGAAAUGACCCGAGAUUCAGUGUGUUUCUUAAUAGAUUAGAUGCCCUAUUUUAUCUGAGUGACGUGUGAUGUUAUGUUAUUGCUUUGUUUCGUCUUCAACCAAAGUAGACCAAGGAAGGAUCUACGGCGUAGGGUUGAAAUGAUAAAUGAAGCUAACAGGGAUAUACACCCUCCAAUGAAUUUGGUUAGUGUAUACAUAAAAGACUGUCUCUUAUAUCAAAAUUACAUUAGUGAACUUUGGUUUGUAGAACUGUUAAGGUUAAAAAGAUGCGGUAUUUGUGGAAAAAAAGCUUGUAAAGUAAGGAUCUGUUGGAAGUUUUUAUAUUCUGAAGAGUUUGUGCGUAUGUUGUGUGGAGAUUGAAAUCUCCAGAGGUUGUUAAUAUUUAUGCAUGACUAGAAAUUAGUAUUUAUUUUAAUCUCACUGCAGAUGUAUAAGUAACGUAGAUAAUGUACACCAAAUGCCUUUGAAGGCUUUCGAAAAUAGCAGACACAAAUAUUUUGCAGUGUGAGCACUAAUUAUUUUUAAAACUGAAGCUUUUGUACCACAUGAAGUCUUGACAAUAAAGAAUAUUAUUAAACA